AACCCACGCGAAAUGCACGCGAAAUUUGGAAAAGUUAACAAAAAUGGCGGAACCACAGGCCGAAGUUGACCCCCAAGCCACCGAAGAAAUGGAAAUUCCAAGCUCAGAUCCACCUGAAAAUGACAAGGAUAAUGAUGCUGAGACUCCUAAGAAGAACAAGGAUGAUAAGGCUUUUGAUUUAGGGGACCUGGUUUGGGCUAAGAUGAGCAGCUUCCCUGCAUGGCCAGGCCGAAUUGUGAAGCAAUGGAAGAACGUAAAGAAGCCAGCAGGCAAGAAGGCUGUUCGUUUCGUCUUCUUCUUUGGAACAGAGGAUCAUGCCUGGGUGAAGGAGGAGAGUCUGAAGCACUACCAUGAGCACAAGGCUACCCUCUCAAAGGCAGGGAAAGGAGCCAAGUUCACCAAGGCCAUCGAUGCCAUCGAGGAGGCUAUUGUCAAGGACCAGGCCAAUAAGUUUGAUGUGGAAUCGCAUGCCAAUGGUCAAUCUGUAGGGACACCAACUGAGGGCCAGACCACAUCCCCAUACCACCCUCCCUCGGAUGAGGAUGAUGACAAUGACGAUGAUGAUAUUUUCUUGAAGUCCAUCAGCAAACCAAGCAAGGAUUAUUCCAGAGAACCAAUGGCAGGCAAGAAGAAGUUGAAUUCAUCACAGACAUCAUCCCCCAGCUCACCUGGGAAGGGGUCAAAUUCCAGCUCCCCCUUCACCAAGAUAAGCUCACACCUGGCAUCCCCCAAGAAACGAGGAAGGCCUCCCAAGCCCAUGGAAGAUGGAGAGACUGUGACCAAGAAAGCCACACCAAAAAAGAGGCCGAGUAUGGGAGGAAGUACAGCAGUUCCUGGCAAAAAGUCCCGUUCAGAUAUGUCGUUCCUGUCCCUCAACUUGUACAACAGUUUUCAGGCUCAUCUCGCUCAGAAAGGAGAGACAACUAAGAAAGACAUCAAACCUACAGAGAAAAAGAUCGGUUUCAUUGGUCUUGGUCUGAUGGGUACCGGUAUGGCAAUGAACCUUAUCAAAGCAGGUCACAAAGUCACUGUCUGGAACAGGACAUCAGAAAAAUGUGAAGAGUUUGUAAAGGCUGGCGCAACACAAGCUGAGACGGUAUCAGACCUUGUAGCAUCUUGUGACAUCACAUUCUCAAUGGUAUCAGACUCAGAGGCAGUCAGAGCGAUUGUAUUUGGUGAGAAUGGUGUUUUAGAAGGCAUCACCGAAGGAAAGGCAUUUGUUGACAUGUCAACGGUGGAUAUAGGCACAGUGACAGGAGUUUCAGAGGCUGUACAAGCACGAGAUGGUCGUUUCAUGGAGGCCCCGGUCUGUGGUAGCGUUCAGCCAGCAAUGGAAGGCUCUCUCAUCAUCAUCGCAGCAGGAGAUAAAGAGCUCUAUGAUGAGUGUGAAUCAUGUUUUCAAGCCAUGGGAAAGAAGGCGUUCUAUCUUUCUGACACGGGCAAUGCAGCUCGGAUGAAACUGGUGAUCAACAUGAUCAUAGGCGGUGUCAUGUGCUGCUUUGCAGAAGGGAUGGCCCUGGCUGAUAAGUCAGGCCUCAGUCAAAGCGUUCUAUUAGACAUUCUCAAUCUUGGAUCAAUCGCAAACCCACUUAUUAGUGGAAAGGGAAAAGCAAUCCUAGCCAACAAGUACCCACCAGCUUUCCCCCUGAAAUACCAACAGAAAGAUCUGAAGCUGGCCCUAGCUAUGUCAGAGCAGGUAGACCAACCCCUCCCCGUCGCAUCAGCCGUCAAUGAGCAAUUUAAGAGAGCAAAGAAUAUGGGGCUAGGAGACAAGGACACAUCGGCCAUCUAUAAAUCACUUACCCACUAAGAGACUGGAUGCACAAGACUAGCUCUGUGCUUUCUCAUAUUCCAAAAUCCUUUGGACAUUACGCCCAUCGCCCUCGCCUCCCUCUGUAACAUCAAGGUCUAUGACAAGAAGCAGUGGUUAGCGGUUCCAGGUCACAGAAAGAAGAUAAGGGCCACUAGUGCUUGAUGGGAGUUAAUGUGCUCUAGUGUUCUUUUUUUACUACUCCUCAUGGACUAAAUUGUGAAAAUAAUUGAUGCUUUUUACAAAUUUAUUUUGUUAUUUCUGAAGGAAUUGAACCCCAGUUCUGUUCUUCUUUUUAAUCAAAUGUUCUUAAAUUUUUUUGUAGAUAAAUUUCUCUGUAGAUAUAUCUGAUCAUGACUUGGUGUAAAAAUUGAGAUUCACAUAAUGGUGAAGUGGUAACUGGUUUUUGCUCCAUCACAGCUUUUAUUGGAUAAUUCAUAGUGAGAAAUUCUUUGAAAAGUUCAAAAUCACUGUUUUUCAUACAAAUUCAAGAAAGCUACAAGAUUUGGGGUCAGUUUAUUUAUUCUUAUUUAUACAUGUCAGAAAUAAAAAAAGAUCAGUGCUGCCAAAAGUUUAAAAAGGGGGGGGGGGGGGUGUGGGGUCGGGGUCUUGAGGGGGUAAGUGUACAAAAUUCUCUGUAUAGUUCUUAAAUGUUUUUAGAAGCACUCUUUAUACAAGAAGAAAAAAAAGAGCAAAUGUUUUGUGUGUAUGUAUGGACAAAAAAAUCUUCAUCCUGUUAAUGCCUUUUGUACAAAUGCAAUUUGAGGAGAGGAUUUGAUAUUUUGUGUGAAUAGUAUUUCUCAUGAAUUUAUUCCAUGGGUAAGAGAACUAUGUGCGAUUAUGUUGACAAGUAUCAGAGCUUUUUUGUAUGUUGCCAAUUUGAUUAUAUGUUUUCAGAGGUUCAGAGCUAUUCUAACUUCUGGUGCUGACAACAAAUCUUCACACAGAGAAUCCCACAGAAUAAUUAGUAUUGUUGCUAUGACACAAUGAAUUGGUACAUACACCCGUGUCCACACACACAAAAUUCAUUGUAUAGCUAUCCCAUUUUGGGAUAGCUGUACGAUGAAAGUGUGUGUGUGUGUACGCUUACUAACGAUACGUCAUAUACAGGCCUGAUAAUAACCCGAUUUAAAUCGGUUUCCUGAUGAUUUUUUUUUUCUUCCCAAUUUUUUCCCUCUUUUCCAGAAUUUUCCCUUAUGUUCUCUAUUCUUCCCUAUUUUUACCCAAUUUUCUUAAUCAAAAGGGGGGAAUGUUGUUAAGUGCCAUUUUUUCCCCCUUUUAUUUUUACUCAAGGGGGCCGUGGUAUAGGGUCUGGGCACCGUUUCUGACUAGAAAUCGAUAAACAAUCACAGAAUUUGUGUGUGGACGUAUGGUCAAACUAGAAUGGUAUAACUGGGCGGGGCUUAACGUGACCACACGCUCAUGAUUGGACGGCUGUUAUGUCAACCGAUCUCGUCAAAAUCAGUUUCUGUAUACAUUUCUUUAUACAAUGUUUCUUAGCUUGUGUGUGGACACGCGUGCAGUCCCAUAUGGGGUGCCUCAAAGAAGAAAAAAAAAGGCAACAAGCUUUUGAUCAUUUUCAAUGAAUAUCAUUGGGAUAAUCCUUGUUGUGUAUUAGUGUUUUUAAGAUAUUAUCAAUCAAUUUUUUUUUUUAAGAUGGCCCGUAUGUGUGUUGGGGAUUUUAUGCAAAUCAAGUUUCUUGGUCCAAUUACAUCAACAUUGAGGAGGUGCAGUAAGGAUUUCCAUCUUGAAUUAGCUCAGUAUUAUUGAUUAAUAUCAAUUGUAAAAAAUGUAUGCUGUCAUCAGCACGUGAUCCACCACCACCAUACAUUUAAUGUUUUUGAAUUUUUUAGCAUGUGAAGAAAUAACUGCUUCAAUGUAAAUUUGAAAUACUUUGCAUUCUUCAAAGGUCCUUUUCAAUCUAUGUAUUAAUAGUAUUUGUGAAUUUCUCCAACUCUGUUUGAAUACCUCUUUAUUGUUUUUAGAUGUGUUUUUAAAAUAAUAAUUAUUGCUUUGUACUUGUACUCUUGUCUGGAAUUAAACAUUUUAGCGUCA